CCUAACUUGCUUGAGUAGAGUAGUAGUGGAGUAGGACUCUGCUCUACUACUAGCACCGGAGGAGUAGUAUGUUCUAAUAUAAAAUAGUUACAAACUUCAAUGCCCGAGCGUGGAACGACUAUGAACCUCCAUCGGUGCUAACUCCAAUCCUGCAAGUCAUGGAUUUGUUUCUUUUUAACUUUCUGUACGAAUCUGUAGCUAGCUUGCAAGUCACAUGCACUGUACUGACAGUGGAACCCACAGAGUACUUAGAAUACAAGAUUAAGGAUGCAAUUAACUUUUUAUAGAGGGAGAAUCAUACACGCAAUUAACUCAAAUGGAUUGGACGUGACUCUAUUAUUCUCCAACGGCAACCGGCAAAUUUCUUCCCGCGGGCCGGAGUAGGUUUCUCGGUUUGCAUGCGGGUUUAACGGAGGGGUUUGAUGGAGGCAAGGAGGCGUGUUCAGCCGGGCGUGCAGUGGACGGUGCAGUACUAUUCGAUUUAACAACUACGUACAACUAGUAUAUUAUAAAAAACAAAGAAGAGUAGUAGAGAUAGAGAUAAGAAUAGAGACUAGGGAGGAGCACCAUCUACUGCUUCGUGGGCUACUCCUACGCUCCAUUCGGCGGCCGCAACGUCCCCUACAGCCAUUCCCUCCUGCGCUCCAUUCGGCAGGCGCUGUUGAAAUUUGGGGAGCGCACUCUCGCGACUGCUAGCAGCGACGACUUCACCGACGAUGACUUCUUCCCCGACCUCGGCAACCUCUUCCUCAACGAUAUGGGCGACAACCUCAACGACAAUGGUGUUGCUCCCGUUGCACCCCACUCCCGUUUCAUGGACGGCCUGGUCGAUGCCUCCAAGGAGCCCUUCGUCUACUGCUAUGAGUGCCCGAUGUCGUUUUGGGGCUCGCCGGCACACAUCGUGCAUCACCUGACGCAGGCGUGCGGCGAUCACUACUGGCCCUUGGCGAAGAACAUCAAGUACAAGACGUGCUACCCGUUCACCGUGCCGGAGUCGCUGGAGGAUCAGCGCCGCCUGCUAGUCUCAGAGGAGGACGGCAGCGUCUUCCUCUUGAUCCUGGCCAUCGGCAAGGCCCGCGCAGGCCGCCGCCACAUCUCUGUAGUGUGCGUCAGGGGCAACGCCGCUGACACUGACACUGACACGAGGCCGAUGUACGGGUGCGUGCUCACUAUUACUACCCCUCGGAGGUACGUGGGCGGCGACACUGGCUACAUCAAGCUGACUUGGACUCUGCCGAGAUGGGACCUUCCCGCCGAUGUGGACAUGGAAGAUGCAUGGUAUUAUUUGACCUCCAACAAUGUGCAUGGGGACUCCAAGGAGGUUCAUCUGGACAUCUGCAUUACUAAGUUAAACUAGUCGUCUACCCGUGCAUUCGCACGGGCUAGUAAGAAAUGGCGAAAAAACUUCAUAAAUACGUCUUUGAAGUAUCGAGUUAUACUUAUGAUUUGGCAUGGAAUAUUUACUACAAUAGUCACCUUGAUUGAGCGAUAUAUGUAUGCAUUGUGACUAUGUUUUUUAUUCUUAUCUCUCUGUUGACUUGUAAUUAUUUAAGCAUUACUCACGGGAUGAUAUUGCUUCAUCUAUGCCAAUUGAAUUGUUAGAAUCUGUUUGGGAUUGCUACAUGUACCACUGGAAUGCAUGUCUUCUAACACAGUUUUUUGAGACAUGGCCUAUCUUUUGGAUCCAUACAUAUAAUAAAUGAAUGUAUAUAUUUUUAUGGCUGGUAAUUUGCAACAUUGUAAAUAAUAAUUAAUUGUACAGUCGAUGAAGACAUGUCAUGUUGUAGCACAUUGGACACCAUUACGUUGUACACUUUAAAAAUAUUUUAUCUCAACUCUCACUUGCCUUAUAAUAUAUUGUUAAUCUGUUUUGAUCUUUCUCUUAACUAUUUUUAUUGAUUUCUAAAAAUUAGAGAGCAACUAUGGAAAUUCCUUUAUGUCGUACUUUUGAAGUACAUGUAUAUACACAGUGUAAGGAUUAUGUCUCUAAAAGAUAUUACUAAAAACAACUUCUACGUGUACAUGAAGGAGUUAAUAAAAUUCACAUAUUUAUAUUCGUGUUAUAAAUUCUGAAUCAUCAUCCAUGGUUAAAAUUUGAGGGAACAAACGUGUUUCUAUGUAGAAAAGUAAAAUAAACAAUAAUGGUGUUUUAUCAUACUUGUAUCUUCUUCUUUUUUGCAUGUUAAAUCAUACUUGUACAUUGCGCCAAGUACCUAAUAUUAUGC